AUGCCAGGGGAGGUCAUGGUCUUCAGAUAUAGACCCAGAUUUGCACCGCCGGAAGUCGAAGCCAAGGACGAACCCCAAAUCGUUGAGAAAUGGAAAGAUGACCUCGAUUACAUCAAGAAGUGGCUGCCGCUGUGUGAAGCCAAGGGACUCGUCGAGGUCAAGGAUGUCACUGGCAAUUGGACUAGCCGCGCGUUUGCAGGCUACGGCUUGCCAGAGGAGACUGCUUCGCCAACUGUUUAG